AUGAGCGAGGAAUUUCAAAACGAAGCAGUUCAGCCUCAGUCACAGAGAGAGGGAAGGAUGUUUUCUGUUCUCAAUACGUUCCCUUUUCUCAUCCCAUUGUUGGAGGUUGUUAAGGUGGUUGCAGCUUCCGUUGCCUCCGUAGUCUUCUUAGGCUUCGCUGGUAUAACACUCACCGGUACAGCCGUGGCAUUUGCCGUGUCCACACCGCUUUUCCUCAUAUUCAGUCCGAUUCUCGUACCCGCCACUAUAGCCACUACUCUCCUAGCCAGUGGGGUCGGCGCUGGUGCCACCCUUGGAGUGACGGCCCUGGGUCUCAUAAUGUGGCUCCUUAAGCAUAGGAUGGGAGUAAAGCCGAAGGAUAAUCCACCUCCGAAAGGAGCUCCACCAACUGGAGGAGGAGCUCAGCCAUCUGGAGGAGGAGCUCCACCAUCUGGAGGAGGAUCUCCACCAUCUGGAGGAGAAGGAGCUUCGUCGGCCCCGGCAUCUCCAGCAUCUGGAGGAGCUCCACCAUCCCUCUCUCUGUUCGAACUACCAACAUUUAUUAGGGAUAAGCUUUCAGGGUUUGGAGACAAAAAGAAAGGUGGAGGCAAACGUGGAGGUUCAUCCAUGGGCGAAGGUGAACACGGAGGUGAAGGUAAACACGAGGGUAGUGGCAAACCGAAGGGUGGUUUCGGUGGAAAGAAACGCGGGGGUAAAGAUAAAUCUAGAGGUAAAGGUAAAUCUGGAGGAGAUGGAGGUUCAUCCAUGGAUGAAAAAAAACACGAGGGUGGUGGUAGAGCAGGUAAACGCAGGAGUAAAGGUAAAUCUGGAGGAGAUGGAGGUUCAUCCAUGGAUGAAAACAAACACGAGGGUGGUGGUAGAUUUGGUAAACGCAAGAGUAAAGGUAAAUCUGGAGAUGAAGGUUCAUCAAUGGGUGGAGACUCAUCAGGUGAAGGUAAACGUGGAGGUAUAGGUAAGAAAUCUCGGGGUAAAGGUAAAUCCGGAAGUCGAGGUUCACAUAUGGGUGGAGAAAGUAAACCAGGAGGUGUAGGUUCAUCCAUGGACGGAAGUUCACCCGAUGGUGGAAGUUCACCCAUGAGUGGAGGUUCACCAAGAGGUGGAGGAGGUGGCGGUAAACACGGAAGUGGAGGUUCACCAAUGGAUGGAAGUUCACCCGAUGGUGGAAGUUCACCCAUGAGUGGAGGUUCACCCAGAGGUGGAAGUGGAGGUAGCGGUAUGCUCGGAGGUGGCGGUAAGCACGGAAGUGGCGGUAUGCCUGGAGGUGGACGGUAA